AUGAAGCGGCAGUUUCCGCAAGGAGCCCUCUCCAGGCUGGUCGCUCUCUUCUUCCUCAUCUCUGAUCUCGCUUCUCCAUCUUCUUCCCCCCUCGAGGCCAUGGUGAUUCCCUCCCUCUGUCAAGCCGGCUAUUGCAGAUUCGCCGCCGCAGUCGCAGAAGCCUACCACAACGCCGCCAACGGCACUCCACCGGCGGUGACGUUUUUGGCGUCCCCCGACGGCGCGCUUCUCGGCGUGUCCGUCACGCCAGAGUUCGUCCGCUGCCACACCAUCGCCGACGGAGCGCUGAUCUAUCGCAGCCUGGUGGGGCUGUACCCUGGCACGAGGCUCCGCACCCUCCACAGCAACGUGACGCUCGCCGUGACGGAGUCGCAGAGCGAUCAGCGGGCGCUGGCCGUCGCCGGCGUGCCGGUGGAUGCGCCGAACAUCUACUUCGACGGCCGGUUCUCCGUGCACGGCGUGGUGAGGCCGCUGCUCCCCUGCGUGGCUCGUCACUCGCCGGCGAAGGAGGUGCUGGUGGCGGCGGCGGCUACGCCGGAGAGUAGCUGCCGGGCGUCGUCGCAGCCGAGCUGUGGGAGGGAGCAGAGGAGAAGGCCAUCGUCAUCUCGCUCGGGGAAAAAGCGCCGCCCUGCUACUACAACCAGACGUCGAAUACCGCAGGAUCGGACAUUGCUCUAG